AUGACAAAAUCCAUCCCUCCGGGCGACGAGGCUUGCCGGUGGAGCUGCGCAGGCGAGCAGUGCACAGAGACCCAAACUGGCCGUGUCCAAUGGCGGCGCUGUGUGGCUUUUCGGAGGCUGAAACGCAAACGCACAGCUGUGGAGGGAUUCCGGUCCAGAAUCGAACUUUUAACAGAUAUCGGCUGGGCAAUAGCACUGCCAAUGUGCCGACGCUUCGCCUACAUUGAGCAACGAAAAUGA